AUGUCGCCUGAGGCGUUUACUUCACAAAUAUAUAAAAAUAUUAUAGAAUCUCGAAGAUUUUUAACGAGUCAAUUGAAACAAGAUCAAGUAUUAAAUAAUGGUCAAUUAGAAUUAUUUCUUACGAGUGAUCAAUAUUCUGAUAUAAUUCGUAGUACAAUUAAUAUUGAUGGAAAUAAAUUGGGUGAACAAGAUUUAUAUUCAUCAAAUGAAUUAUUAAGAAAUCAAGAUAUUUAUUUGAAAUCAAAUUUAGAAUGUCAUUGUAAUACAACAACAAAUACAGGAAAAAUAAUUGAUCCCUAUAAUUUAUUAAUUAAACAAGAUAAUCGUUAUAUUUAUGUUGAACGACGUCAAUUGCAAUUUACUAAGGAUCCACAAUUGGAUGGAAUGAUAUUAAAAAUUAGUCUGAAUGAUACAAAAGUAACAAAAGCAAAUUUAACCUAUUUAACAAAUGGUCUAUCAUGGCAGCCAAGAUACGAUAUUGUUGUGGAAAAUGAGCAAUGUAAGUUAUUAGAGAUCAGAGAUGGACGAGUCACCGUUUUUUCGAGUCUGACGAGGGAAGGUUCCUAG